ACGUGUUAAUUUGGUUUCUCAAAGGACCAAACAAUGAAAAGGCUGUGCAUGUAUUUCGUCUUGCAACUGUGCGUGUUGACCGCGUCUCAGAAAACGUCGUUAGAUUCACCAAUUAAUCUGUAUAUCUAUCGUCAUGUUCGUAAUUGGGUAAUAAAAAAUUUCGGGCCAGGAGACGACCCUCGAAGGUAUGAAGCAGGAGCUUACGGGAAAGUUCAGGAUGAAGUUCCUAUUGAUGUUCCUUUUCCUUGCAAUGUUACAGGUGGCAGGUCCUCAGAGAUACCAGAUUCAGUUCAUCGUUUGAGACCAGGUGACAUAGACGUUAUUGCUGCGAUGGGUGAUUCUUUGACGGCCGGCGUCGGAAUCUUUGCAACCGAUUUAAUAGGACUGCCCAUUGAAAACAGAGGCGCGGCAGGGAGUAUCGGUGGUCAAGGAACCUGGCGAACGUAUUUAACGCUUCCUAAUAUUCUUAAAGAAUUCAAUCCUAAUUUAGUAGGCUACGCGCUUGGUGAUUCUUUAACUUCACAUCCAGCUUCACAGUUAAACGUCGCUGAACUUGGUGCGAUGUCCAAAGAUAUGCCUUUCAUGGCGAAAUAUUUAGUCAAUAGAAUAAGAAAUGAUUCAAGGAUAGAUAUAAACAAGCAUUGGAAGUUGAUUUCGAUAUCUAUUGGAAGCAACGAUUUUUGCGCUGAAAUGUGUGCAGUUUCUUCUCCAUGGUCACUCAUAGAAAACCACAAAAUCGAUCUGAUUAAUACUCUUAGGAUAUUAAGGGACAAUUUACCAAGGACUUUUCUUACUCUAAACUUGCCACCUCAUUUAGAAGCACUCAUUGCUACACGUCAAGGAAGAAGCUCGUUGAAGUGCUACGCAAUGACAAACUUAGAAUGUCCGUGUUUAUUUGCUUUGCAAUACAGAGACCGUAGACCGGAAUAUUACGAUAUAAUGAGAAGCUGGCAGGAGUUAGAAGAAGAGAUUGCUAAUUACGAAGAAUUUCAAACAGAUGAUUUUACUGUGGUAACUUUACCUACCCUUAAGCGAGUAACUAUACCACUUGCAGAGGAUGGUUAUUCCGACGUAUCGUAUCUAUCCGCCGAUUGUUUUCACGUGAGCCAAAAAGCUAACGCACGAUUUGCCAAUGGGAUAUGGAACAAUCUGUUGGAACCAAUUGGUAACAAAACUGAACGUUGGUACGCACCCUAUGAAAGAUUUUUAUGUCCUACUGAGGAAAGGCCAUACUUGAUGACUAUUAAAAGUACAGUGAAGGAAAAUACUGUUUCAGAAUUGAUUUAAUUAUUGUAAAUGUAGGAUUGUUUCAGG